UAAUUGCAAAUGGACAAGAGUUCAACAAAUAUAUUGACAACCUGGGAGAGAAACCUGAUGUACUUUAUAUUCAGCAAACAUGGCUGAAACCACAACUGGAUUUGAUUGUAAAGGGAUAUACUGCAGUUAGAAGAGAUAGGGACUCUGGCAGAGGGGGAGGAGUUGCAACAUUCAUUCAUACAGAGUGGUUUAAGUUACAAAGUUAUGCAUGUAAGUACAGAUCAUGAAGAAAUAGUUAUAACGGUAUGGAAUGAUAGAGGACCUAUAGAUAUAGUAAAUUAUUAUAAGCCAUGUGGGAAAUUAAAUCAAAGUAUAUUAGAGGAUUGCUGGGGGUUCACUGCAAGACAAAGUAAUAUGGUGUGGGGAUUUUAAUUAACAUAACUCGCUAUGGGGAAGCAGUAGCACAGAUGCAAAUGGUGCAGUAGUUAUUUUUUGUUUAUUAUUGUUCUGCAUAGUCUCUUGUCCACACUCCAGUCCAGUUGGUGGCAGUAAUGUACCUACAAGUUGGUUUGCCAACUGCCAAUAAACACCAAAGAAGAAGAAGUGAAGUUCUCUGCUCUUUCUAACCUGGAUCGAGGUGAAGUCUCGUCUCUACGGUUCUCUCUCUCUGUGUUCCUGAAAAAGUGUGUGUGAGCUCCAGCACUACUGAUCCAUCAUCUGUGUGCCUGGAUAAACCUCCGAAUGGACUCAGUGUUCUUUUUUAUGGAGCGUUUAUCUCGGACUAUAGGAGCUAGCUUAGCAUGCUAGCUGGAAACACGUUAGCAACACUAGUCACAUUGAGAGUUUGAUGGAGAGAGAAACGGUGUGUUUGACGGAGUUAGCAGGAAAAGGUGAUCUAUUAAACAUGAGUAAAGUCCAAAUGCUGCUGUCGUUGAAGAAGCAGCGACUCACUGCUGCUGCUGAAGAUAUAUUUGCUCUGUUUGAAAAAACGAUAGCAGAGCUCGAGGAGGAGCUGUCUCUUUCCAAAGAGGAGAACGAGAGACUCCAGAAACUACUGGACGCUGUUUUACAGCCUCAACUUCGGAUACACAGAGCAGACGUCCAGCUGCUGGUGGUGGUUAAAGAAGAGGUUCUCCCUGACCAGCAGGAGUGGAGCACCAGUCUGGACCAGGAGGACCCAGAGCCCCCCCCACACAUUAAGCAGGAACAGGAGGAACUCAGGAUCAGUCAGGAGGGAGAGCAGCUUCAGGAGCUGGAGGAGGCUGAUAUCACCAAGCCCACGUUCACUCCUGACCCUGUGAAGAGUGAAGAUGAUGAAGAGAAACCUCAGUCCUCACAGCCUCAUCAAAGACAAACUGAACACAUGAAAACAGAAGCUGAUGGAGAUGACUGUCAAGGACCAGAACCAACCAGGAACUCAGAUCUAGAGAGCAGUUUACAACCAAAGACUGAGGACGACACUGGAGACUCUACUGAACCUGACACUGGAGACUCUUCUGAACCUGACACUGGAGACUCUUCUGAACCUGACACUGGAGACUCUUCUGAACCUGACACUGAAGACAGUGCUGAUUGGAAGGAGACCAGAGAACCUGCAACAGGCUCAAACUCACUGAAAAAUAGACAAGAAUCUGUCAGUGAUUCAAGACGUAGUGCUGUAAAGAAACAAUUUGGCUGCUCUGUGUGUACGAAAUCUUUUACAUAUAGAAAAAAUGUUCAGCGACACAUGAGAAUCCACACAGGAGAGAAACCAUUCAAUUGCUCAGUCUGUAAGAAAGCUUUUUCACAGAAUAUACAUUUAAAGGAACACAUGAGAAUCCACACAGGAGAGAAACCCUUUAGCUGCUCAGUUUGUACCAAAUAUUUUGCAUUGAAUGGAAGUUUAAAAAAACACAUGAGAAUCCACACAGGAGAGAAACCACACAACUGCUCAGUUUGUGAGAAAGGUUUUUCACGGAGUGGAAGUUUAAAGGCACACAUGAGAAUCCACACAGGAGAGAAACCACACAGCUGCUCAGUCUGUAAGAAAGCUUUUUCACGGAGUGGAAGUUUAAAGAGACACAUGAGCAUCCACACAGGAGAGGAACUAUACAGCUGCAAUGUUUGUGACAAAAGAUUUAAAUGGCGUAGUGAUUUCAAAAGACACAAGUGUGUUGGUCGUCAAUCCUCACAGCUUAAUGAAAUUCCAACUGAGGAUAACGGAGAGGCAGAGCCUCCAAUCAGCAGCUCAGCUGAACACAAGGAAACAGAAGCUGAUGGAGAGGACAAUGAAUAAGUCUUAUGACAGUUCACACAUGAGAAAAAUCUGGAUUAACAUUGUUGCACAACAUUCAUAUAAGACUUAAAUGAACUCCAUCUUUAUCAACAUAAGUCGACAAUAUGUUUAAUGUUUUUGUCAUACUGAUUUUCUGAUUUAUACGUUAACCACUGACUGUUGAUGAACCAUUUUAUUUUGGAUUGAGGGCUCUAAGUUUCCAUAUAGAGAUAUAGGAUGAUUUGAUGUUUUUUUCUUCAUUUUUAAAUGUUUUGUAUCAUUGCUAUCCUGUUAAUGAGCCCUGUUUUACAUAAAUGUACCUGUUAUCUGAUUGUUUUUCCUUCUGUAACUGUAAGGGAAUACAUUUUCCUAUUUUGUAUCCUGAUGACCUGAUGAUCACAAAUGUUCAUUUAUUUGACCCCUUGCCUAGACUAUUUCUUGUUUAAUAAUCGUUACAUCUCCUCAGGACCAAGUUCCCGUGUCCUGCCUUUCACCUGCUGAUCACCCACUGCUCAUUUAAGGUGGACUGACCUUACAAAUGACCAGCUAGUCUUAGUGUCUUACUGCAAAUGUUUUGUAAAGUGAUGCUAGACCAAAAACGUGCUGUUGUGUGCUCUCUGCAAGACGGGGUCUGUACUCAAAGAUUGUUUAUUAAAUGAGAGCUUCACUCUG